AGAAAAUAAGUGACAAGUUUUAUCAGAUUAGAUAUCAUGUCUAGAACAUUGCUUAGAUAUCAGUACUAUAUUAUUCACAGUGCAACGAAGUAUGCAUGUCAAAAUGGAGACAAUUAAUUUGAGUAUUCUUUUGAUUGUUAUUGCUUAUAAUGUGUUUCCAAUAUGGGCUUUUGACGACAAAAUGCCAUAUUGUUUUCAAUUUAGAUGGGUACCACCAAUUUUCAACAAUACACCAGCGAGGUAUAAUUGUACGGGACAGCAUGACAUCAUUCCAUGUAUUGAACCACCAUUUAUUCAAGAUAACUUUCCAAACACGACUGAAAUCUGGUUAAAUCGUGAUGAAGAUGAUUCGACUUUGUGUCGUUUAUCAGUUGGUUUCGUUUGUAUAAGAUAUAUUCUAAAGGUCGAUAAUAAGAUUGAAAAGGCAUCUUUAUAUUGUGGUAAGCUUGUAGUAGAUGGGUUAGCAAGUUCAGAACCAGGAUGUUAUCAACAUAAUCAAAAUGGUUCUUUAAUUGAAGUCUGUGCUUGUGAAACAGGAAACGGGUUGGAACCUUGCAAUGUAUCAAGUACAAUAAGUUCUAAUUUUGUAUCGCUAAUAAUUCUUUUAUUUACUCUUAUGUAUAUUAAUUGCUGAUAUCCAAAUAAAAUGAUUGUAUGAUUACUCUA